AUGGAGACUUCGUUCGGCCAAGUGGCUCUCGUCGUUCUCUGUUGCGUCACAGUUGUCGCAUCUCAGUCAGUAGAAUCAGUAGAUCCUUGCAAGCGGCAACCUUUCCGAGGUCGAUGUCCAUCUAUAAAAGGCAAAAUUCCAACUCGAUCACAGUUCGUAUUACGUUAUUACGAGAGGAAUAGCGAAUGUGUCUCUUACCCUUUCGGACAUUGUGCGGAUGAUGAAAAUGAACCCAUGUUGUACAGGUAUAAGCAUGACUGUGAAAAGGCCUGUCUUGAUAAAGCCAAACAUACAGAACUAUCAUCAGCAGAAUUUUCAAGUGAUUAUGAUAUAAGUAGCACUAGUAGUACUACCGUAACCAGUAAUACAGAUGACAACAUUGGUAAGUUUGUCAGUUCAACUUGGAAACCAUUAUCAGAUGAUGAUGCGCAAUUAUCAUCAUCAUCUCAGGAAUCCACACCUGCUUCUCAAGCAACUAGAUCACGUACUGCUUAUAAUGCUGUCAGCUUAAACUUAUUACGUGAUACUGAGUUUAAAGGUAUUGCAGAAUGUGAGAAACGCCGGGAAGCAAUCGAAUCAGGUCUGCUCAAAAGUGAUUUUGUUCCAAUCUGUACUAAUCAUGGCUCUUUUCUGCCAUUACAAUGUGGACCUGAGGGUGAGUACUGUUUUUGCGUGGAUCAUAACGGAAUCGAAAUUCCAAAUUCACGUUCAAUCAGUUCUGCUAAACCAAAUUGUUCAGAAAUAAUGAAAGCUCAGAAGCCAGCUGGAUAUGAAUGUAUCUCUCCAGUAGAUUCUGGUCCUUGUACUGCAUCUCUCACGCGAUGGUAUUAUGAUGAAAAACGAGAAUACUGUGUCAAAUUCCAAUAUUCUGGUAAGUAA